UCCCCGAAGUGGAGAGAGUUAUUGAGGGUGUGCUGCGCUCUUCCUGUCUGCGUAGAGCCGAGAGAUCUCAUCUAUCCUCAGAGUUUACUGCAGUGUCUGUCCCCGAAGUCGGACGGUCAAAAAUACACCGGUUUCCCCGUCAUGGCUGUAAACCUGAGCAAAAACGGCCCAGCCCUUAUCGCUGCCUAUAACGAGGUGGUGGAUGAGAAAUCAGAGACUAACUGGGUCCUCUUCACCUAUGAGGGCAACACAAAUGACAUCCGAUUGGCAGAGAAAGGAGAUGCUGGUCUGGAGGAGUUGGUCGAGGAGCUGAACAGUGGGAAGGUGAUGUACGCUUUCUGCCGCGUACAAGACCCCAACUCUGGCCUUCCCAAAUAUGUCCUCAUCAACUGGACUGGCGAAGGUGUGAAAGAUUCCAGGAAAGGACAGUGUGCAAACCAUGUGAGCGCCAUUGCUAACUUUCUUAAGGGAGCACAUGUGACGAUAAACGCACGGGCGGAAGAAGACGUGGAGCCUGAUGCCAUUAUGCAGAAAGUGGCUAAAGCCUCAGGCGCAAACUACAGCUUUCACAAAGAGUCUAACCGCUUCAAAGAUGCCGGCCCCCAAGGGCCAGUGGGAUCUGUUUACCAGAAGACUAAUGCCAUGUCUGAAAUAAAAAGAACUAAUAAAGACAAUUUCUGGGCCCAAACCGAGAGGGAUGAGGAAAAACGUCUCAAGGAGGAGAAGAGUAAGGCAGAGGUGGAGAGACAGAAGCUGGAGAAAGAGAGGAAGGACAGAGAGGUCAAGGAGGCGGAGUUACGGGACAGGAGAGCAAAGGAGAUAGCAUCACAGAUAGAUGAACAGAGGAAGUACCAGCAAAAGCAGGAAGUAGAGAGUGAAGCCCAGGAGAAACCGCAAAGGGAAGCUGCGUCUCUCAUCUCCCAGCGAUCUGUUAAUCCCAGAGAAAUGUUUAAACAGAGAGAGAUGGGCAUGACCCCUGCUUGCACAGACAACUCUGAGUCCAGUCCAAAACCAGGGCGAUUGAACAGCCCUUUUCUGUCCAAGCAGUCUUGUGACCCAGAGCCAUUUCGCUCUCCUGUGCGUCAGGACUCACCUUUACAAGCCAGAGAUGUACAAACAGCUGGUGGUCAUUAUGAAGCGCACAUAGAUCAACAACAACAACAGCAGCCACAGAAUGAGGCUGUCGUAGAACCAGAACCCAUCUACAAGGAAGCAGCACAGGUGGAGGAGCAGGCAGGUGAUCGUGGUAUCUGUGCCAGGGCUCUAUAUGACUACCAGGCUGCUGAUGACACCGAGAUCUCAUUUGACCCUGAUGAUAUCAUUGCUGGCAUUGAGAUGAUUGAUGAAGGAUGGUGGAGAGGAUACAGCCCCGACGGACACUUUGGAAUGUUCCCGGCUAAUUACGUCGAACUUAUCCAAUAAAGUCCAACAUAUGCCCCCAAUCAGAGUCGGGCUACAUCAAUUUGCCCUGCGAAGAUUACAAAAAUCUCUGGCCUUCUGAACAAAAUGGGUCCAGUAUACUUGACUUAAGAGACUUUAACUUAAAUCAUGGACCAAAAGAUUGGAAAUCAGGGGGUAUUUCAAAUCUCAGAACAAUAUUCCAUACUGUAUUGGUAGUUUUCGUUUGGUAAUUUUAUUUUAUUUCAAGUGGUCCACAAAUUGUACAAAAUAAUACUCAGACCCUUUGAUUUCAAGUAUGCUGGCAGAUUCCCCAUAAGAGACAAUCCAGGAAUCUGGCUGUGUCAUUCAUGUCCCUUGGAAUACUGAAUGGUUAAAAUUGAUAAGUGCUUGUGGUGAUAUUCCUGUGACACUGAUGUAUUCUUUUUGUACCUUUUUUCCUUUUGAACAUUUCAAACGAUUGGAUUUCAACAAGCUGCAACUUUUAAAUGAAAAAAAUAAAUAAAAAACAUUGUUUGGUGCAGCAACGUAUAGUAGUUGGAACGUAAUGCUCCUGUUUUGCGUUGUUUUUUUGCCUUUUCUCCACAAGACAGAGUCUGACUGCCUUGCUUUCUUGGGGAAUAUAGCACAAAUGAUUUGCUGCAAUAAAGUUUACUGAGGUUGGACUGAAAAUAGAGUAUAUUUGCUGUGCUCUAUAUUUCCAGAUUUAGCAAGCAACUCUAUUCUUUAUUUUCUUGAAGUGAUGACAUCAAGAGUGAUUUAAGAUCAGUCGGUGACCGGGGUGGGAAUAACUUUGAGACCUCUGUACCACAGCUUUCUCGUCUACUCCGAAAUGUGGAGACUAUUAAUACUGUGAUUUUCUUUUCUUUUUUUAAGGUUUCAGGGAACCAUAAUUUUUUCAUCAUCUUGCCUUUGGGUCACAGAUAAAAAUAUAGAGUUCACCCUACAAAUCCAAAUUCUGAUAUUUACUCAACUCAAUUUUGUUCCAAAUCCAUAUUACUUUUUUCCAAGGGACACAAAAGGAGAUGUUAAGUAGAAUGGCAGCCUCAGUCACCUUCACUUUCAUUGUAUAGAAAAAAAGAUGCAAAGAAAGUGAAUGGUGACUGUCAUUCGGGUUUGGGAUGACAUGAGGAUCAGUAAACGGUGACAGAAUAUUAAGCCUGCAAGUCCAGGCUGUCUGUGCAUUUAGACAGUGAUGCCUUUUGGGUGGAUUAACUGAGGCUCAAAGAAACUGUUAACAUCAGAUUUAUUUUGAAUUUGCAUUGUUUUACUAUUCACACUCACACUUUUGCUGUCUGUGCUGUGCCAAUAGGAGAGUGAAAGUAAUUUUGAGGACAUUUUCAAGGUUUCAUUUUUAACAUUUCAAAGUCAUUCAACAGUGAUGUAGUUCAUGUAGUCAUUGUGAAUAUCUAACAAGUCUGGAUAAUGUUGUGACCUUAAUUAAAAGAAUAAAUAAAGAGUUUUAAA